CGACAACCAGCCAUCCACUACCACCACCGUCCAUGAUUUCCACCAGAGGAAUUGCCCUGAGGGGCCAAAAGGUCGCCCGGUCACAGGCCCUGGUCUGCCAAAUCUGCCAACCAUCCACCACCCCUGCCCCCGUUCACCGACCCCUCGCGCGGUCCUAUGCAUCAACCAGCCUAUUAACUCGGAAUGCGCGCCUGGGCCAAUUGCGCCCGAAGAAAACCCCUGGAACCCCCUGGACUUCGACCACAUAUACCCCCAGACGGCUCGAAUCGACUGUGCCUCGACAGCUCUCAUCCGCGGAGAUUGACGAGGCGGUGACCCAGAUCGCACACGAAUGCUCGGAGCUUCUCAAGACAGACGCCGCCCCCCCCAGCGACAAAAUCGAACAACUGCUCCAACGAUGCGAGAAGAUCGCCGACGCCAUCGUGCAGCCGGAGCAGGACACCGGAAAGACACGGUCACGAUCAAAACAACAACCGGAUGAGAUCUCCUCGCUGCUGGACCUCGAGGAGGGGAAGACGCUCGCUACACGGAAACCGCAGCAGUCCCCCACGCGGCGCCAAACGACGCCCGAACAGACCAUCGACCGCCUCUGUCAAACCGUCCACGACCUCCUGACCGACGAAAAAGUGUUCAUCUCCCCCGAAGCCCUGACCAGCUACACCAAGAUCCACGCCGUCCUCAAACGCCCCGCCCACUUCCCGGAGAUCUUCCACCUGUAUGCGAAUAAGCCCAUCCCCGAGGAGAACAGCUCGCCGAUCAAAUACCUCAAGGCGAAGCCCAAGAGCAUCAACAGCGCUGUGCCGGUGGAUCUCGCCAACACGGCCCUAGACGCUGCGAUCGAUCAGCGGAAUCUGUCGCUGGUUCUGUCCAUCAUCGAUACCACGUUCUGUGCGCCGGCGUUCCACCGCGCGAAGAUUUUCAAGAAAGCGGCUCUCCCGGUCGGUGCGCUGGCUGGGGCCCCGGCGGCCUGCUAUGUUCUUGCUACGUGGGCUGCGUCGCUACAGAAUACGAUGGAUGCUAGCACAGCGACGGGGAUUGCCUUCGCUGCGACGCUGGCGUAUGUCGGGGGCACAUCGUCGGUGGGUGUGCUGGCCAUCACGACGGCCAAUGACCAGAUGGAGCGUGUUGUAUGGCAAUCGGGAGUGCCGCUGCGGCAUCGCUGGCUCCGCGAAGAGGAGCGGGCCGCGUUCGACAAGGUAGCCCUUGCGUGGGGAUUCAAGGAUAUCUACAUGCGGGGUGAAGAGGAAGGCGAGGAGUGGGAGACGCUACGAGAGUUCAUCGGGAUCAGAGGGAUGGUUCUCGACAAGACGGAACUGAUGGCUGGAAUGCAAUAGUGUCCAUCUAUUCCCUUCAAAACAUGUAUUAUAUCUAGAUUACAGUUACAUAAAAGCGAUCUACA